AUGUCGACCCCAUCCUGCCUUCCCCCUUUCAGCCCCCUGGCUAUUCGUCUCGGAAUGUUUGAACUCUCGAAUAUAUUAACUGCUCCUAAAUGGCUGGAAUUCUAUAUACGACUUAUACCAUCGGAGAUGUUGGGGGGCGUUUUGUCGGAAGCGCAAAGGGAGGAGGAAUCAUUGAAAAAUAUUUCUGGCGACAACACAAGGCGUAGGACCGCCGAACGAAUUUUCAUGGAAGAUAGGAGGGAUCGGUGUCAGUUGGAAGUAUCCCUAUGCAGUCAGGCCAUCGAUUACGUCCAGCAGAGAUGGAUAAUUCGUGAGAUUUUUUUGAUUCACAUUGCGUCCUAUCGAGUGGUCCCAACCGCGGAUUAUGUCUCUAUCUCAGCAACUCUGAGAUGCGCUGUUACACCUCCCAUAGUGGUCCAUUCGGCAGCUGCAGCUGCUUAUUCGGCAGCUGCGCAACAGAAAUGUGAAAGUUGGUUAAGGAGACAACACACCGACCUCACACCAUCUAACGAAUUUUUCUCGAUCGAAAGUGACCUGCCUCCGAACGCUCUGGCUGCCGCACAUGGGUUACCCUUUGCGUCCACGAGGCCUUUGAUGAGGCACGCAAAGUGGAAACUAAGCACUGAGGCUGGAUUGAUGGCAACAUAUCUCGACAUUGAACGUUACUAUUCUCACCACCGCAAUGCCAAGUCGGAGCUGCUUUACUUACGGGCAAAGAUGCUUCGCGCCAAAGCUGAGGUAGAAGUUUUUGCGCUGGCCAUCGAAAAUGCGUCUUCACCACAUUCAACUUAUUUCCAGUCGGUCCUACCAGAGCAGGUGCAUAUCUGCAAGGAACGGACUUUUGCCGGAUCAAUCAACGAUCGUACUGACUCGACUUAUGGUAAUAGCCUUGCGUUUGUCUCAGCCUCGAUACUCGAAUUCAAUGAUUACGGUCUGAGAUCUGAACUUCCGACGCUCGAAUAUGCCCAUCAGAAUAUUUGA